ACCACCACAUCGACCAUGUCCAGUUUGCCAGUAGAACUGUUGAUCGAGAUAUUCACCCAUUCUUUACCGGAAACUCCCUCCAAUCCCAGCAUACACGACUCUCCUCUACUUCUGACACGGGUUUGUCGACUCUGGCACGAUGUUGCGCUUGCUACACCAUUAUUAUGGACAAGUUUCUCCGUCAAUUUCGCGUUAUACGAGGACACUUUACCGUUUCAAAUUGCGAAGCUGUGGCUCUCGAGAUCGCAAAAUCUGCCUUUGUCUAUCUAUGUCGAUGAUUCUCUCGACGGCGAUGACGAUCCCGAGCCACAACGCUGGGCAUUCUAUGAGGAACUGUGUCGCCAUGCUCAUCGAUGGCAGAAUGCGGCUCUCAACCUGCCGUUCACUAUUCUUUGGCGCCUUCCUAUUCAGCAGCCGCUGGGGAUGCUGGAGUCGCUUAAGAUGGGGCGUGACGACUCUGGUCAGUCGGUCCCCAACAGAAAAGUAUCAACCUUUAUGACAGCCCCACGAUUGAAAUCUGUCGAGAUCUGGCUGGACAACGACGAGGCAAUGAACAUCCAGGGAAUCGGUCUUCCUUGGGCCCAGUUGACGGUCUUCCGUGGCCGACUGUUCACAAACGACGAGUGCUUAUUCGUUUUGCUGCAGGCCCCCCAGCUCGUCGAAUGUGAUUUCAACGAUAUUGUGGACGGGUAUGUUCCAGAUGCAAACGUUGUCACCCCAUUUCUUCGAGUGCUCCAGCUGGACGAGGCCAGUGGGCACAGCUGUGCGUGCAUACUGUCGUUUCUCACUGCCCCGAACCUUAACAAAUUUAUUUGUGGAGCAAGAAAGCAAGACGACACUGACGACAACAGCCUAUGGCCGCUCCGCGAAUUCUUAUCGCGGUCUUGCAGCUCCCUCACCCAGCUCCACAUUUCCAUGAAUCAGUCGACCCGCGAGUGGGAUAAACUCAUGCUUUGCCUCCCUUUCAUGUCGCUGCUGGAACACCUCGAGAUAUUCUGGUUCCACGAGGACUUCGACCUCACCCCACUCUCCGACGCCCUCCUGCCGCGAUUGCGCACCCUCGUCUUCAACUCCCACACGGUGCCGGGAAACGUGACGGUCAUGAACCUCUUGUCUCUUCUGUUAGUGCGGACCUCAGAAGAGUGGGUCGUGACAAAUGGAGUGUGUUUGGGGCGAUUUAAAUUCACAUGGCCCUUCAUUUUUGUAGACCUUCAUCCUGACGAAGAUCCAGAGAUCCAAAGCCGUGUUCGGUUGCUUCGGAAACGAGGGGUACAUAUCCACAUGGGGGGAAUGGAAUGGGGAUUUCACUUCUUUGAUUGCUAA